UUUUGAAUUUCCCACCGUCAUUUCUAUUUUCAUCUCGGGAUUUCCUAAAGUCUUUCCUACUUAAAGCCUCGCACGGUUAAGUUCUGAUUCACUUCACUUUACCACCAGUUAGAGGUUGUGUCCUUCAAAUACUUCAGAUUAAGGUCUUACAAAGAACUGUAAGAAAUUGUAGCAAUGGGUAAAAAGAACAGAAAACAGGUCUUUUUCGAUGAAGAUACUCCUCAUGGUUUGGUUAAAAGGCUGAUGUUUAAGAAAUACUUCCAAGCUUAUAUUGAAAAGACACAAAACGAAAAAUUUAAUUUAAAAACUGUGUAUAUAGAUGGGUUUGCCGGCGUAGGCCGGUAUGGCAAUGAAUGGCCGAGUGAAAUAGAAAAAUAUGGAUCACCCCUUAUUGCUUUAAUGGUAUCCUUAGGUUUUUAUUAUAGACAUGAUAUGUUAAAACAGAAGGAAGAUAAAAAAGACAAACCAAAAAUGCCAAAUACACAUGAGACUGAUUUGUUGGAAAAUAGUAAUCAGGAAACAGUCAGAAGCAAAACAUCUGUAAAAGCUGGCAACAAAUCUACAGAAACAUCAGGAGAAGAUGAAAGACAUGGACAGCCAACAAACACACAGAGAAAAGAGGACAGUAUAUGGGGUUGGUCAACUUCAGAAUUGGAACCAGAAGACGAACUUCCUAUUGAACUUGAGAAACGGAAUAAAAGAAGUAAAGUAUUUGGAGAAAAUGCCAACAUUACCUUACACUUUAUUGAGAGUGAUAUAGAAAAGUACAGAAAACUUGCGGCAAAUGUAGAACUUUUGAUAAUGAAAUUUCUAGAGAGACAUUAUCCAGAAUACACAUAUGGUUUUCGCCAAAUGGAGGGAAAUGUAUUGUUCAAAAUAUGUAGAGGCUCUUUCUAUUUAACAGUCAAAGUUUUCCAUCAAGAGUUUGCAAAGACAACAGCACCACCGAUGCUUCGAGAUUCAUCUGUUAGAAGUCUAACAUUUCUCGAUCCUUAUGGUUUCAAAGAUACACCAAUGGCUCAUGUGCAACAGUUUGUUCCAGGUUCUGGAAAUGAAAUAUUGAUCAACUUUAUGAGUAGUUUCGUGAACCGUUUUGUAUCAAAGUGUCCUGAACAUGUUACUCAGUUGUACGGAAUAUCCCUUGAUGUUGCAAAAUAUUACGGCAUUGAUCCGUCUGAUUUAGAAGAUAGCAAAGAUGAACUUGUCGAAUUUGUGAAGUUUGUAAUUCACUUCUGCCAGCCGGAGAGAGAAUUCGAAUUUAGUAAUAAGAUACAAAAAUGCACUAGCAAUUAUGAAGCUUUUCUGAAAAGGAAAACCCAAUGUAAGUUUUCAUUAACAUUCGAACUCAAGGAUAAAAGAAACACAACACUUUUUCACAUGGUUCAUGUAACAAAUCAUAGAAAAGGUAUAGAGGCAAUGAAGGAAUCCAUGAACAGAUGUAGCCAGAAAGAAGGCAAAAUGGUUAUGUCUGAUUAUGAUGUGAUAUGUAAGGGACAAUCCCUAAAUUUUGUAAAUAUGGAUGACAACGAAAAAGUUGCAGAGAUGAUUUAUAGUCAAUUUAGAGGAAAGGAGCGUGUACCAAUUAGCGACAUCAACGAUUAUGUUUUAUUAGAUACAAACUACGUAUUCAGAAAAUGUCCAUUGAAUAUACUGCAAAGGUCGAGAAAAAAGAUAACAACAGCAGUGAACAAUUUGAAAAUACCUCAAAGAAUAACGGGUAAGUUCCCUGAUCGAGACAUAAAAACUAAGCAAGCACUAAUUUGGUAUAUUUCGUUUGCUGACGAGGAAUACAGAAGUGAAUCGGCUGAUGGUCCUGAUGUUGGCGUUCAAAAUUUGAUAAAGGAAGUGAAAGAAAGUAAAAAGAAAUCAACAAAGAAAAACCAAAAUAAAACUGACAUGCCAUCAAGCACACGGACAGAGGAACAAGAAUAUACAAUUGAAAAGGAAGUUAAAAAGACAAAGGAGAACAAAGGAAAUGGAAAUAAAAGAGGCUUAGACAAGGAAAUAGUGAACGAAAAACAUUUGAAACGACAGAAAGGCGCAUUCUGCAAUAUAAAUACAAACAUCAAUGGAGCCACUCCGUUAUUGGUAACGGAAAUAGAUGAAGGCGCAAAUGAACCUAAAUAUGGAUCUCUUACUCACGAACAAAAAGAUGAAGGAGAAGUAAAGAAGGAUACCAGGAUCAAAGCAAUACGGCAAAGUUCAUUAACUGAUAAGUUUAAGGUAUUAAAAAGACCACAAGAAAUGAAUGCUGGUGAAGUACAUAAACAAGAAGGUCACAAGAGGAAAAAAAGUAAAUAGAGCUUUAUAUCUGGAAUGACACAUCUCUUGGAAACACCAUUAGAAACAUUAUCAAAACCUCAUUGGAAGCAUCGUCAUAACCUAAUCAGAGUUGUAUUACUGGAAUGUCACAUAUAUGUAGAAACCUCUUUAAAAAUGUCAGAAAGUUAUUUCUGGUAUAUCACAUCUCUUGAAGGAACCUAAUUGAAAGCAUUGUCAGGAAAUUAAUUAUUGAAUGUCUCAUUUUUUGAAGGAACCUUAUUCGACAAAUUGUAAGAAUGUUAUUUCUGAAAUGCCUUCUCUCUUGAUGGAACCUUAUUGGACUCAUUGUUAGAAUGUUAUUUCUGAUGAAUGCCUUCUCUCUUGAAGGAACCUUAUUGGACAUAUUGUUAGAAUGUUAUUUCUGAAAUGCCUUCUCUCUUGAAGGAACCUUAUUGGACAUAUUGUCAGAAUGUUAUUUCUGAAAUGCCUUUUCUGUUGAAGAAACCUUAUUGGAAACAUUGUUAGGAAGUUAUUACAUUUUACUGAAGAAAGCCUGUAUGGACGUUUUGUAAUAGGCCUAGUUUUUGUAGUUUGUACAAAUAUUUCAUGUUAAAUGUGUUUGUUUCUAGUAAUUAAUUUAACCAAGUAUUAUUUUAUCAUUAUUUAUAUGUUAUUAUAUUUAGUUAUAUUUGUCUAUUUUAUACAUAUUUUAUCAAAAUAAUAAAUGAAUGAUUUUAUCAUAAAAUUAGGUAUAGCAAUCAACAAACUUGUUAGAUAUACAGUAUUACAUACUUUUCUGGCACAUGGACCUUGCUUUUGUUUAUAAUUAUAAUGAUAUGUAAGUAAAACCUUUACUUUUGACAUGUUUUCUUUUAAAAAUGAUUAUAUAUUGAAAUUACUUGUAUCUUUCAUUUUUAUGAAGUUUUCACAUUAACCUAAAAUGCACCAUUGUUAUUGUAUAAAUUUAGAACAGAUAACAGAUUCAUGCAGCACUAUUGAUAGUAAAUUUUGAGUAAAUUAUACUUUCUUUAAUUGAAAUUUUAUAAUAUAAUUAUGCUUAUAUUUUUU